UAAAUAGAUCCGGUGUUAACUCUAAAUGGGAAUUUAAGUCCUAAAUCUAGAUUCUGAUAUGGUAUAUCUUGGAUUUCAUGAUUUUCGUGAUUCGAAAUUAAGAUUUUGCUGCUCAAUUAAAAGUAAAUCUUAUAUUUAACCUAAGUAAAGGAAGCCAGUAAUAGUUUAGGUUAAAAAAUAUAAAAGACUGUAUAGUUACUCGUGAAUUAAAUAACGAAUUCAUACCUGACCCGAAAAUAGUUGUAAUUACUGUCUAAUAUGAGAUGACUUUUACAAAGUGUUAUCCAUUACCCAUUCACUAGUAAAUAAUAAUAACAAAACUCCGAUAAAGAUAAGAAUGCUUCGGAGUUAGGAAGAUGGCUAAAUAGAACUGGGGGCCACUGAUCUCUCAGUAAUUUAUAAUAGCAACCAAUAACAAAAAUUCCUUCUUAGAGCAUGAGUUGAAUUGCCCAUGAGAGAUCUUUGUUCGUUACAUUUACUUUUUGUUUCACUAAUCUUAUUAUAAAAAAGAAAAUGGUGGCCUCACCCUCGGGACAACGAACGUACUCUACAUCGUAGUUCGCUGUCUAGUCUUCAUUUUUUCCCCUCGUGGCGCACGGUAGGCAUCAUUUAAGAGUGUUUGCUGCGCUCCUUUGGCCUAUAGCUGCAUCUGCUACUUUUUCCCCCGUUACUUUACACCCAUUCCCGCAUCCUAUCUUCAAUCUUGCUGUCCAACACCUCUAACUGUUGUUUCUUGAUGCAACUGCGGGUUUUUCUCCCAAUUUCCGCCUUUAGAUCUUUGUACUCCAACUCCAUCUUGUCACUGUCUUGAGCGGUGAGGGACCGAAAAUCACUCUGUGCUUGGCAAGACAGCCUUAAAUUUCAUAACUUAAUCCUUUUAUUCCCUUUCCACAAAAGGUCUUAAAUGAUUUCCUCUCUCUCCCCUCCUCCUAACCCCAAAUGGCGACCCGCAGCUCUGCUGGGGCUAUGCAGCGCCGCCUAUCUUCAAGACCAGGGGCCGAAGUCCAAACCGUUCAACCCUGUGGGCGCCGGCAGCGGCGGUGGUGGAGGCCAUGGUGGCGGCGGCGGCAACACCGGAGGCUUUGGAGGCAGCGGAGGUCAAGGCGGAGGCAGCGGGGGCUUUGGAGGUAGUACUGGUGGAAGCGGAGGCUUUGGGGGUAACACAGGAGGAAGCGGGGGCUACGGCGGUGGCAGCAGUACUGGAGGAGGAGGAGUAGGAGGAGGAUUCGGGGGCAGCGGUACUGGAGGAAGCGGAGGCUUUGGAGGUGGUAGCACCGGAGGCAGCGAAGGUUAUGGUGGUGGUAGUGGAGGAUCCGGGAGUGGUAGCGGAGGAUUUGGAGGUGGCAGCGGAGGAUCUGGAGGUGGCAGCGGAGGCUUUGGAGGUGGCAGCACCGGAGGAAGCGGAGGCUAUGGUGGUGGCAGCGGAGGACCUGGAACUGGCAGUGGAGGAUUUGGAGGUGGUAGCACUGGAGGAAGCGGAGGAAGUGGAGGUUAUGGUGGUGGCAGUGGAGGAUCCGGAAGUGGAAGCGGAGGUUUUGGAAGUGGCAGCGGAGGAUUUGGCGGUGGCAGCACUGGAGGAAGCGGAGGUUAUGGGGGUGGCAGUGGAGGAUCUGGAAGUGGCAGUGGAGGAUUUGGAGGUGGCAGUGGAGGAUUUGGAGGAGGCAGUGGAGGAUUUGGAGGUGGCAGCGGAGGAGUUGGAGGUGGCAGUGGAGCAUACGGAGGAGGAAGUGGUGACCCCAUAACCGACUUAGCCAAUGCCAUCGGAGGUGGAGGAGUACCAGGCCAAGACUACCCAAUCCUCGCCUCUGUACCCAAUACAGGAUUCGUCUGUGAUCAGCUCCCAGGAUACUAUGCCGACACGGCACCAGAAGCUGGAUGCCAGGUUUUCCACAUCUGUCAAGAAGACGGCCGUCUGGACUCCUUCCUCUGCCCCAACGGUACCAUCUUCAACCAACAGUAUUUCGUCUGCGACUGGUGGUAUAACUUUGACUGUUCAACUGCCCAGCAAUUCUAUGGUCUCAAUGCUGAGAUUGGAAAGGUCGUAGGUAACGGAGCUGGCGGAGGCGCUGGCGGCAGCGGCUACUCAGGUCCUGGUGGAGCAGGAGGAAACAUUGGCGGUGGUGGAGGUUUUGGUGCUGGUGGCUCCGGAGGUGUUGGUGCUGGUGGCUCCGGAGGUGUUGGCGCUGGUGGCUCUGGAGGAGCUUACAGCGGGCCUGGAGGAAGUGCCGGGUCAUUUAAUCCCAACGCUGGAGGUGGUCAGUCAUACAGUGCUCCCGGUGGGAAUCUAAACGGUGGUGGAAGGAGAAAUGGAAAUGGUGGUGGCGCUCCCUCAGCAUCCUAUGGUGCUCCAGGAAGGAAUGGCAACGCCGGAGGAUCUCUCGGUGGUAACAGAGGUGGUGGUGCUCCAUCCCAAUCUCUUGGUGCUCCAAGCAGGAACGUAGGUGGUGGUGGUUCGUCAGGUUUUGGACCCUCCGGCGGAAGUGCUGGUGGUGUAGGUGCUCCAUCUGCAUCUUAUGGCGCUCCAGGAAGAAAUGGCAACGGAAACGCAGGUGGUGGAAACCGUAAUGGAGGAUUCAGUAAUGGCAAUACUGGAAAUGGAAGAUUCGGUGGUAAUGGCGGAGGUGUUCAGGCACCUUCCGCUUUAUACCAGACCCCAGGUAAAUAAGUUAUGACCAAAGCCCUAGGAGGUGGCUUUCUCUAGUGAUUACCCUGAAUUUGUCUAAAUUUACUACGAUUCAUCAUUUAUGCAAUUAUUCUGUACCUGAAGGCCAAAAUAUGACUACUUGACCAAAAUCCAGAAACCUGUUUAAGAAACAAACGUCACUAGAGCAGACCACUAGUUGUUGUCUCUGUUGAAGAAUUUUCCCAAAUAAUACUCGUCGAGCAUAAUAUUUACGAUUAGGAGAUAGAUCUUAUAUAUUUUUAUAUGUAUAUAUGCCUCUUUUUGUCAUUUUUUCCUGGCACACGUCAUUCAGAAAUUACCUUUUCUGCUGCUUUUAAUUCUGCCUCCUCUUUUUUUUUUUUAUUGUCUUUGCUCUUCUGUCCUGUGCCAUAAUGCAUUUUCAGUGGACACUGAAGCCUGUUGUUCAUUUAUCAUUUUACUUUUUGCAAUGCAAAUAAAAUUAUGAAGUUG